AUGGAGUACAAUCCCAAGGACUCGAACAUUAUCCUCGGCGGCCAGUUCUCCGGCCAGGUCUGCAUCUGGGACUUGCGAAAGAACUCACCAACGCCCACCGAUAUUACAGCGGCGGAAGUCGCCCACCGAGACCCUUGCCACAGCGCGCUUUGGAUUCAGUCAAAAACCGGCACGGACUUCUUUUCCUCCUCGACCGAUGGCACCGUGAAGUGGUGGGACACUCGGAAGUUGUCUGAGCCAGUUGAGGAGCUCAUCCUGGAUCCGACCAAGCAGCUCAAUCCUAAUGCUGCUCUUGGAGCUAUGUGCUUGGAGUACGAACCAACAAUGCCUACUAAAUUCAUGGUCGGCACGGAGCAGGGUACCAUUAUUAUUUGCAACAGGCAAAAGAAUAAGCCAAAAAUGGUGGAGGAAGAAGCUCCCGAAGAGCCUGCGGAUGAUCCAUUAACUGAUAUCGCAGACGAAUUAAGCAGAACCCUCGAUGCGGAGAAGAAGAAACACACUCUUCUGGAACGCCAGUUCACCUUCGAACUCGACCAGCCAGCCAGCGAGGACGAGGAAGAAGAAGAGCAAGCCGAAAAAGCCGAGUAA